UUUGUUUACGCUUGUGGUUUGCUGUAGGGAUAUAAAAAACAACAGAUAGGACCACUGGACUGGAAAGUUACGUGUGUGCCUAUGUCUGGGGUAGAGUAGGCAUAUUGUGUAGAACUGUGCAGAUCUAUAUGAUCUUGUUGUCAGCAACGAAUAAACAGUAGGCCUACGACAAAACACUGUUUUACGAAAAUUUAAGGAAAACAACAUGUCGUCAGCCGUGCUCGCAGGUAAAAUGGUGACUGGGACUGGAGGAAAAUGUGUGCUCCAAAUCCAAGUACAAGCGAAGGCAAGCUAAUGUCUGCGCGCAGUCACGACAUUAUGUUGCGACUGCUCGUCCGCCCUGUGUUUUCUCCGGGUUACAGACGACAUUCUGUUCUCCUGAUCACCGUCAUAGGCCUACUUUGGGGUGUGCCGCUGUCGACGUGCGAGGAGGACGUGGACCUGUGCCCCCCAUCACAGGAGGGUGAGCCGCUGACUCUCUACUGUUCUGGUACCAGCAGGACGAUUGAUAGACAGGUGUUCUGGGACAGAAUCCCGAGUGCUCUGAGCUACGAUGACGACGUUGAUGAGGACGCCUAUGAGACCGUUUCAUUCUGUGGGUUCCAACCGGGUAGCUCGAGGUGCACUGACUACCAGCCACUCAUUACCGGGACCCAGAUGAUCACAGACCGGAUACCGCACCAGUUCAGCGUCUCGCUCAAACUGUACGCACUCCAGGCCAUAAACCGGAGUGCAAUCUUCUUCUGCACACUCUUUGAAGAAGGCCAGAUGCAUACGCUCUUCUCCUGCCGUCUGAACACGUACCUCGUGCCCGCAGAGCCCCGAUGCUGGGCCGAGGAGAUAAAGGAUCAAGGUCGCUCAUCUGACGUCAGAGCCGGAGCGGAGGGUGAAGGUCAGGCGUUGGGCGGGUCAAGGGCGCUUGUGCGCGUGACAUGCACUACGCCAAGGAUGUACCCGGAUGUUAACUGUGAGUUGCAUCAGAAGCGGAACAAGGGGGAGGAGAAAAAGGUUCAGGCAGAGAUCAUUAAAACGACCAGGGUGUCUCUCAAGCAGCCACAAGACCGCCAGGCUGAAUGCCGAGCCGAAUUCUAUGUAGACUUACCUGGAACUUACGAGUAUCGGGUGAAUAUGUCCCCCCUACCACAAGGUGAGUGGGCCGGGGGGUUUGAGAGCCUGCAACUCGUGACGAGCAAAUAUUCUAAACCAGUGGACAUCGUUUUGUCAGGACUGACCAUCGAUCUGACACAGUCGGAGCCUGUGAACAUCUGCCCAUUUGACACGUCAGGAAAGACUAUCGCCUUCACAUGUACUGCGAGGAAGUUCAAAACACCUCCUCGGUUCGAAUGGCGAGUCACUGGUGGACUCCGAGGCCAGUCACAUGAUCUGUCAAAGCUUAAACCACGCACUCAGUCCGUGAGGGAACUUCAAGAUAUGACGUACCAGGCAACAGCCCAGUAUUUACCCGAAGAGCUGGCGUCUGUGGCUGAAAUCACGUGCUUUGUGCAAGACGCAGAAAUUUCCGAUCGUGAUCACGUGGUGUCAGUAGAGGUGAAACGGUUAAAUCCAGAAAACCAGCCCGCAGAGUUGGUCUUCAAAAUGAGAACACCCAACGGCCCGCUUCCUGUCGGGACCGCUCUUACUAUAAAGGAAAACGAGGAUGUGAUCCUUGAAUGCGUCCCUGAACCAGCCUUACAGGACGUGGAAACGUACAUGACUUGCUCGAAGCAAAAGCCUAACGACAGUUCUCGCCGGCAAGGGUAUGAAAACGACGUUGGCGGAAGUGCAGCAGAGUUCAGCAUCGGUAAAGACAACUUGGUCCCCAGGGAGUCACUUUCAAACAUCAGACACUCUGAGGUGGCCAUCCAUGGCACCAUAUUUGCACCCAAAAGAAAUUGCAGUUGCUGGGCAAAAUCACAGAGCAGUGGAUUGUGCUUUAGGCCCACUCGUUCUGUGACCGUCAAUGUGAUUAGCGUGACUGACCUCUUAAAACUGCCCGUGCCAAACAAGUUGGAAAUCAAGGCCGAAGAAACAGUAACCAAACCACAAACUCAAGGCAAUGACGACAGCGAUAACACGUCUAAUUGUUGCUUGGCUGUCUUGGUCGGAGUGACCACUUCGGUCCUGACAUUGAUGCUGAUAGGCAUACUGUUAUUGGUCAUAUUCAGACAACGAUGCACCAAGCAAUCAGUACUAUUACGAUUCAAGCGUACCAAUAGACCCAUCAUACAGAAUAUGACCAUGGUCGCCCAGGAGCCCCGUGACUACGAUCGCAGACAUCCAGGUCACGAGGAGGAAACCGCGAUAGUAACAACAGCAGACAGUAAUUCGCCUUUCGGCGGCCGAGAUGGUAGUGGGGGGCCAGGCAGAGUCUCUGUGCCAUUACUACACCACGGCUCAAACCAAAGCGUGGCAAUAUUGCAGAGCGACCAGGAAGACCCAUGGGACCCAGGUGUUGAAGAUCCUGCCACAGACAUUAUCCCUUUCAUUAUCAGGCCUGCUCUCCUAACCGACCCAAGACGCCAAGACCACCCUGAGGCAGGCAGUGGAGAGGUUAAUCCGACGCGGCCGAAAAGAGAGGUCAUGACUGACGAAGAAAUCAAAGGGAUCAGUUCGCAAGAGAAAGCUGACAGGCGAGUAUUGGGAUCAGCAUGUUAUAUAUUAAAAUAAUUUAUUGAGGUAAUAA